AUGUCCCUCCAAGCCAUUCCCGAACAUCAUCCAGAUCUCCCAUCCGGUCCUGGUGUUUUCACACUAGAACAGAUACGAUGCCUUGAAGAGGCUGCAAUCCUCCUUCCCGAGCCUCAGCCGAAUACAUCCACAAACGCCAGUGGUAAAAGAAAAAUUUCCGCUGCAUUCAGUGCACCAAGAUCUAUGUCAAGCUCAUCCACCACCUCGUCGUCGUCUUCUGCGUCUGUUGCCACCCAUGGUUUCCAGCCCAAUGUCAUCCGAACCUUCGACAUCCCAAUGGCAGAAGAAAGUGUCGAGGUGCUUGAGUAUAUUGGGUUCGUACCGGAUGUUGCCAGACUGAUCUGUGACCGAUAUUGCGGCCGCCCAAGUCCAAGCCAAAAUCCUGAUGACCUAAUGGCAUAUGUCACUGCACAUCUCGCCUCUCUUAGCCGACGACAAUACGAUAACAUGAGCCAUCAGGAGGCGCUCGCUGAUGUUGGUCUUACGCACCAAAUUCAAGGAGCAAUCACGGACCCGAGAUUCUCACACAUCUUCGGUACCCAGACCCUCACUUACUGGGCACAAGAUACCGUUGAAACCAACUAUGCCGCUCUUCUUCGUCAACAGCAACUGCUACAAAGUCAUGCAAACAAGCGCAUAGCUCAUAAAAAGAAACAUAAGCGGCCCAGGCAUGAGCCGAGCCGAGAAGACCAAGACCCAUCUGAGCAGCAACCCGUGACCGCAACGAUCAACAUGACACCCCAAGAUUUCCAGUUCCCAGACACAUAUGUGAUGGUUCAGCCUGAUGCCAAUAUCCUCGCCGAUCACAUUUCUUUAUACAAGGGCAAGGCAUAUGAUGAAUUAGGGCCAGCGGGUGAUAUCAUUGAGAGUGAUGGAACAGUCAACCUAAGACCACUCAGCACAUACCCCGGCGGAGACUUCAAUUUCGAUUUUAAUGCGCAAUACUGGACCCCCGAAAUUGAAACGGCUGAAGAGAUCUCUAAUUUGAGCGCUAUUUUAAUUCAAAUCCCUCAACACAACACCCAACCCCCUGUUUUCCAAGAAGCUCCCACGAGCCCGGAAAUCCACCAUCCGACACGUUGCAUGGCCAAUGCCCCAUAA